AUGGGCGACUUUGCGAAGCAGGCGAGUAACGAUGCUUCUACUGCCUCGAGGCAGCCAUCCGAUAGUCAAUAUGACUCCCCUGAUGCGACUUGCAGCUGCAACGAGGCCUCCGCGAAGUUGCAGCAUGUUACGACAUGGAGAGGUGAUAACUCGAUGAUGGAGAUCGAUAGGCACCUUACACAACUCCUGAGUAGCAUGACACUCAAUGGACCGUGGAGGCCAGACAUCCUGCUAUGCGAUCUGGAGAAAGGAAAGCACAGGGUCGUUGCCGACCUUUCCAGCAGUGAUUCCGCCCAUCACGCAUGCACUACCCACACUGACGUAAUGUCCCAGGCAAGCCCGUCGGGAUCCUCAAACUACACCGCGACCGUCGACGUGCAGCCGCCCUGCGGCUGCGCGCUGCUGCAGGGGAUCCGCGACCAGCUACUCUUGGAGCGCUAUCCCACCACCGGCGGCGAGUACCUGGAAGCCAUCUUCACCCAUCGCGAAGUGUUCUUCGCGUUCCCAGAGGGCCACCAGAUGUGUGCCAUCGGGUUCACCGACCUCGCGAAGAACCUAGAAACGCGCAAUGCGAGGGCAGACAGAGAUGGUGAUGGGGAGGCUGCAGCAGCUUUCAGGCAUGAGGCAUGGGUGAUCGCGAGCAAUCGAGGGAGGUGGUAG